UGUAUUCAAUGCGUAACACGUGAAUCAAAAUCGCUUCAAACACAUUUCAAGAAAUCAGCUUUACUAGUGUCUGCCAACUAUGAAUCUUCUGCAAAAAGCUUUACUUGCUGUCUCGGCAGUUGUUUACUUAGGAUCGAGGAUCAUUUGCGGUCAAACGACGAACUCUACUUUGGCCUGCAGCGCCGCCAAAAACUGCGAAAAAUGCGUGGAAGAUUCUAAAUGUUUCUGGUGCGAAACUACACUGUUGUGCAACGAUUAUGGAGUCGAGAACGAGAAAGUUGAAACAAAAAAAUGCGACCGUUGGAAAUGGAAGACUUGUGGUAAUGCGGAGACCUCACUGAUAGCCAUUGUGAGCGGUUGUACUUCGGUUGUCUUGAUUUCUAUUCUUAUAGUGCUCGUCUGCAUGAAGAGGGAUCUUUGGAAUCGAAUGAGGAGUUCGCGGUUUUGCGAUGAGCGGGACAAAGAGGGAUUGUUCGAGCAAGAGGAAAGGUUUAUCAGAAAAAAGAAGCAUACCAAGAAACUGGGAAAAAAAGCACAAAACCUUGCUGACAAAUACAAACUUAACGAUUCAUCCAUGCUGUUGUACACACCCUAAAUCACAAUUUCCUUUGGCCGAGAAAUCUCAGACUCAACUAACAGUACUUGAACACAAGAUACACAAAAAAGUUUCUUUUCGUCAUCUGACAUGUUAGUAUAAACUAGAAUA